AUGUGGCAUCGCAUUCAGGCAUCUUCUGACUGUGGCAGACUGGACGAGUCUCAGUUAAAGAACGGCAAACUCAUCACCGAACCAAACGAGCAUUCUUGGAUCGGUCUGAUUGAUAGAAAUGCCGAAUGCCUUGCCAUCUUGAUCGAUGUCCGCCAUGCUCUGGUACCAGGUAAUUGUAUCAUUGCUGAAAAUCCAAAUGUGAGCAUCAGCUUCGGCAUUCGGGACUCGAGCUACAUUAGCGUAGAAACCCCGCAAAGGGUGCCGGUCAGCGAGAUACAAGUGGACCCCGAGAGUGAUCUGACAUUACUCACUCUAAAAAACGACGUAGUGCUCUCCGAUUCAGUUCAACUCAUUUGCCUACCUUCGGUGGAGGAUCUUAGGGGCGACAAAUCUGAAGAAGAUCUUAUAUUAUCCGGCUACGAGACACCACAUGGUGUGCCAGGAUCAACUCCUGUAGAAAAAAAAAGGAUCAAGAUGAACUUUGAGCCCAUUAGCGGCUCGGAGUGCAACAAACAUAUUAGAAGCUUAACCGAGGAAUUAAUUUGCGGAACCACAGCUCGAAUCCCAUACCCGGGAUCGGCCCUUGUGAAAGCCACGGGAAGUCCCAAAAAGUUCCAUCUGAUUGGCAUCUAUGCAGCUAGUGUGAAGACGCAAGAAUGCGGCAGAGUGGACGAGGCUCAGUUAAAGAAUGGAGAGUUAAUUACCCAACCGAAUGAGCAUCCGUGGAUUGCAAAAAUUGAGGAUGAUGAGGGAAGGCUCCUUUGCUCGGCAGUCCUUAUAGAUGCCCGCCAUGCCUUGACCGGGGCCCACUGUGCCCAUAGCCCCAGUGUGGAAAUCAAGAACUUGAUUCUCGGUGACUGGAAUUUGGGCGACGAAACAGUGAACACAAAUGCAGAAGCCACGCAGAAAGUUCCGAUCAAAAAGAUAACAGUGCAUCCGGGCUACAAGCUUGGAGAGGCUCAAAACGAUUUGGCCAUCAUAGAGUUAAAGCAUGAAGUGGUCAGCACUGACUUCGUUCAACCCAUUUGCUUGCCUUCAGCUGAGGAUCUAAAGGGUGACAAGGCUAGUGGUGAUCUUGCUCUAGCUGGCUUUGCCAGGAUAGGACGACAUGACCCUCUGGGAACCAGGAGAAUUAAAGUUCCAUUUGAAUCCUUGAGCAGCCAAGAGUGCCACGAGCAGUUUAAACAAUUUCCAACAGAACUAAUUUGCGGCUUCGCUGCUCGUUCGCCUCUUUCCGGAUCUGCUUUGGUGGAGGCUGUCGGGAAUCCCAAGAAAUUUCAUCUGAUUGGCAUCGCUGUGGUUGGUUUUUAUUCAUCUGAGAAAAGGGAUCUUCAGGGCUAUAUAAGCAUUCCGCUUCAGUUGGAUUGGAUUCAGAAAAAUAUUAGCGAAUGA